AAAGGGGUGUAUUUUAUGUCGUUCAUACACUUACUAUUAGUGGGAAAAAACCGUACGUUUCUUAAGAAACUAUGUGUCAAUCAUGUCAUUACCAUGGGUAAGUCAAAAAGUUUAGGUCACAGUUAAAAUGCAAAAAAUUUCGUUCUAAGAACGUCAAAAGUGUUUAAAUCUUCCUAUUAAUACAAAACUCAUGUGCUCACUUGCACAAAAAGUUUAACAGCUCCUGUGAAAUUCUAAUGAUUGAUAGUCUGAAUAUCAUCGAAUCGAAAGUUCAGAAAACUUAAGGUGCUAUGAGAAAGACAAAGACAUUGAUGAAAGCUAUACGAUGAAUAAAUAAAUUCAUCCUGGAGUUAGUCAGUCAAAACAAUUGAUGCAAUGAUCCUUGAACUCACACAUGGGUUCUCGUUUUCCUUCCUUUUUCCAUAAGGGUUUGCCUAGUCUUUCGAAGCUGACUAACAUGACUCCCUCCCCUCCCCCUUUUUUCUACAGAUAAAAAUUUGGCUUGCCAGUGUUUUACCAUUAAUUUGCUUUUCACUGUUCGUUCUGCUUUUAUUCCUUAGGGUCACUCUCUACGGAGCUGAAGAAAAAAGAAAUCCCAUUAUUGGGGAUGCACAUGAAAAUAUUCAAUAUUUUUUUACAGGUCUAGGACAUGGUGAAGAAUUAAUUUAUCUGUUUGGAAAAUCAUUUGCCAGAGAAGUCUUAGGACGCGAUUUCACAGUCCAGGAGGAAAUUAUGAGUGCUACUAUGCGAAAAAUUUGGUACGAUUUCAUAAAGAAUGGAUUCAUCCAUCACAAUAAUCACAAUGCCGGAAGUAUGAAUUGGGAGUUUCAUCAUAAGAAAGCGACACACCAUUUUAUCUUUCAAUCGCCAGACUUUUUUCAACUCAAAAGAGGAGAAGUAUCACCACGCAUUACAAACUUUGAGGAGGGAGUGCUAAAAUACUCGAAUGCGCGCCGAAUAAGUUUGUGGAAUGAUUUUUUACCGAAAUUUUACAACAGCAGCACGCAUGUAGAAUUAUCAAAGUGUGAGUCCAUAAUUACGAGGCUAUCACUUCAAGCUGAUCAACCAUAUCGCAGUGUUAUGUAUACUCUACUUGGACUCGUAAUAGUACUUCUUUCAUUCCUCACAAUUUGCAUUAUUCUUCUCAAACGAACUAAAACAGAGAAAGAUCUGACCUUUUUUCGACAGCAGAUGGACUAAACAGAGACAGCAGAGGGUUCCACCUUACUCCUGGCAUUAUCAUCUUACAACACAAACAUUUUGAUCACACAUCUGUCUGAACGAUAAUUUUUGCACAGACCUUUGCCUUUUGGAAAUGAUUGAUGAUAUAAACCCAUAAUUCAGGAAAACAAUAGUCCCACCUACAGUGAUAGUUAUAAUUUAAGGUGUGUCCUGCUGGUAGUAAACAUCCUGAUUCAUUGGUAAAGAA